CAUAUAUAAACCUCGAAAAUCGAGUAAAAGAUGGAAGUGCCGCUUAAAAAACUGUCACAGAUUUUAUAAAUCGGAAGAAACUGCAGGGAACCGGAGAAGAUGGCGUGUCGGAUGGUGUUGCGUUCCGUCUUCUUGAUGGAGCCGUGUCUAUCCUUCUGUCCCAAUCGAGACCUUCUCGUGAAGCAUUUUAGGACCAUUAGAGCUCGAGAUUUUCACUUUGCUGCGAGGCGAGCUCAUCGCCUUAGUUGCUCUUACAAGGAGGGGCCAUCGCCGUCGUACGAGGAUGACCACGAUCAAGGUCCGCCUCAAGAAGCUGUGCUCAAAGCCAUUUCAGUGUUGUUGUUGGAUGUAGAGGUGUCAAAGACUGAGGGAAGGGUUGGACAGACCACAAAUGUGGUUAUUGGAGGUAGUGUAGCGGAUGAUUCUACUAAUGAAUGGCUUGCAUUGGACCAAAAGGUAAACUCGUAUCCAACAGUUAGAGGAUUCACAGCAAUUGGAACUGGAGGUGAAGAUUUUGUUCAAGCUAUGGUUGUUGCUGUUGAAUCUGUAAUCCAACAGCCAAUUCCCGAGGGGCAUGUGAGGCAGAAAGUAUCAUCAGGGGGCAAAUAUGUAUCUGUCAACAUCGGUCCUGUUCAAGUCGUCUCCAGUGAGCAGGUCCAAGCUGUAUACAAUGCCAUGAGGAGAGAUGAUCGCAUGAAGUACUUUCUGUAGUUAAAAUUCUUUGUAUAGCGUUCUGAUCAUCUGGGGUUAUUUAUAGGAUCCACUCCAUUAUCCUUUUCUUCCGAAUUUUCUCUACUCUACCCACUUAUUUAUGUUAUUUAAAACUAAUUAUAAGGAUUAAUGUUUAGAAAUCGUUUGUUCUGUAUUGCAA